AGAGAGAGUUCACAACCGCAGUGCCACCGUCAUUGAUAUGAAGUGCUAAUGCCUUGUUCAGUGCCAUGGAGACCAUGACUCUACCGUCAGGGUUAGAUUGUGGAGAGAGAAUCAGGAGGCCGCCAGAUAAAACCCGUACUGCCUCUCUUGUUCUCUCCUUUAUUCGUUCGUUCUCUCUCUCUACUCCCCCUUUCCUCCAGAUGUCAGUUCAGCUAGCCUCCAGAUGCGGGGGGCAUCUCCCCCUCCCCUCCCAUAGCAGAGUGGUGCUUUCUACACACGCACGCCGCCCAGCGUGGCCGUGUUUUUCUCCCUCUAUGGGCAGGAUUAGUGCCUGCCGCCGCCCCCCGUCGGCCUCCUGCACCUCAUUGGCCGCUCCUCUCAGGACCAACGCUGACGGGGGGACCACCGCUGACUGUAGAUCACCGUGGCGACGACCGGGGAGGGGGGUUCCACUGUCGCCGUGGCAAUGGGGAGAUGACCACUGGAGCAAAAAAAUAAAAAAUGGGGAGAAAAAAAAUAGAUUUGUGAAGGAAAGAGGACCACAACAACAACAAGGGAUUAACCGUCGGCUCCAACUGAGCAAUCAGGGAGUCUGUUUAAAACGGCACCAGAAACACCCAGAUUCUCUCUCCCUCUCCUCAGUGCUAAGCUGCUGGUCAGAUUGGACAGAUGUUCAAAAACUAGAAAAAAAUUAGAUUUGAAACAGCCCUCGGGACUCGGGUGAAAGACGCGUUCUACAUACUCUUGUUUUCCAAUGCCGCCUUCCUGUAUUUUUUGAAGAUGAGGCUAUAAGGUAAGACGGACUGUGGACAUAGAACGAGUGCAGCAUGCGUCAGCACUGAGGCAGGACCAACGAACAAGCAGCGCGCGAGAGAAGGAGAGAGAGACGGAUGGUGACAGCCUGUGAUGGAGGGAUGAGGGAGGAGGAGAGCAGAGAGAGAGAGAGAGAGAGAGAGAGGCUGGACUGGAAGGUCAUUACCACUAGGUGAGACGGAAAUAAACGAGGAUCCGUCACCCUUUGACACCUCCUCUCUACAAGGCUAUCCUCAACACCAAUCAACAGAAUAGCUGACUCCUGUUGCAGCUGCAUAUAGGGAAACCCUCCACAGAAUCUGACUCAACCUGCCAACCAGCCAAGACAUUCCCAGAGUACAAUCCUAUCUUGCGCCUGUCCUUCUAACUGUACCUGACCCAAGAACUUGGUCACUUGUAAUGGCUGGCUGACCACAACAUCCCCUUUUGAAUGAAACCCAAGAACUGACCUCUGUCUACAGAAAAGAAGAAAGGAAUAUCUUUGAUCGCUACAAAGCUGUUGUUCACGAGAACACACACUGGAUUGGCCAUUGUCUCAGCCCGAGGUGGACCAGGACAAGACUGGACUGAGGCUGUUGGAGAGCUGACUGACUGACUGACUGACAGACAGAAAGACCGACAGACGGUGUUGGACUUUACCAUGGGAGAGACGGCUGAGUACCAGCGACUGGAUGAGACAUCAGACUACCAGCAGCUGCCCAGCGUUGACGAGGAGAAGCUGGGCAGUAGCAUGCAGUCUGAGGAGGGCACAGAAUGGCUUCUGGAGCUGCUGAUGGAGGUGCAGCUGCAGCAGUACCUUUUGCGUAUCCGCGACGACCUUAACGUGACGAUCUUCUCCCACUUCGACUACGUCAAGAACGAGGACCUGGAGAAGAUCGGCAUGGGACGGCCCGGGCAGAGACGGCUGUGGGAGGCAGUCAAGAGGAGGAAAGCCAUGUGCAAGCGCAAGUCCUGGAUGAGCAAGGUGUUCAGUGGGAAGCGGACGGACAGUGGGGACUUCCAGCAGGCGGCCCCCACCUCCUCCUUCCGCAAGCUGUCCCCCACGCUGGCCCCCCAGACCCUGUCCCAGCCCCCCCAGCAGCAGGCACUCACCUGUCUGAUCAGUGAGAAGGACCUGGCCCUCUUCGAGAAGCUGGGCGACGGCUCCUUUGGCGUGGUCAAAAGGGGCGAGUGGUUCACGCCCGCCGGGAAAGUGUUGGAGGUAGCAGUCAAGUGUCUGAAGACAGACAUGCUGAGGCAGCCGGACGCACUGGACGACUUCAUCUGCGAGGUGAACGCCAUGCACUCCCUGGACCACCAGAACCUCAUCAGGCUGUACGGGGUGGUGCUCACACACCCUAUGAAGAUGGUGACUGAACUAGCCCCGCUGGGUUCCCUCCUGGAGCGUCUGCGCUGCGUUCAGUCGCAGGAGCCCGUCCUCAUCCACACGCUGUGCCAGUACGCCAUGCAGGUGGCGUGCGGCAUGGCCUACCUGGAGCAGCGGUGCUUCAUCCAUUGCGACCUGGCCGCCCGCAACAUCUUGCUGGCGUCGGACAAGAGGGUGAAGAUCGGCGACUUCGGCCUGAUGCGAUCGCUGCCCGACAACCACGAGCACUACGUGAUGCAGGAGCACCGCAAGGUUCCGUUUGCCUGGUGUGCCCCUGAGAGCCUGAAGACGCGGACAUUCUCCCACGCCACAGACACCUGGAUGUUCGGGGUGACGCUGUGGGAGAUGUAUACCCACGGACAGGAGCCCUGGCUGGGCCUCAACGGCAGCCAGAUCCUACACAGGAUGGACAAGGAGGGUGAGCGUCUGCCCAAGCCAGAGGACUGUCCCCAGGACAUCUACAGCGUCAUGCUGCAGUGCUGGGCCCAGAAACCUGACCACAGGCCCACCUUCGUCACCCUCAGGGAGUUCCUGCUUGAGACCAUGCCAACAGACAUGUGCGCGCUGCAGGACUUUGAAGAGGCUGACAAGCUUCAGAUUCAGGUCAACGACGUCAUCACCAUCAUCGAGGGCAGAGCGGAGAACUACUUGUGGCGGGGCCAAAACCAGCGCACGCUGAAGGUGGGCCAGUUCCCCAGGAACGUGGUGACCUCGGAGGCGGGCCUGUCGGCCCACGACAUCAGCAGACCCCUUAAACACAGCUUCAUCCACACUGGCCACGGAGACUCCGACCCACACCGCUGCUGGGGCUUCCCAGACCGCAUUGACGAUCUGUACUUAGGAAACCCCAUGGACCCACCAGAUGUCUUGGGGUUGGACCUCAAUGCUGCCCGGCCCACUCAGCUACCGGGACGAGCAAAAAAGCCGUGCUACGACUCAGUGACUGAGGACGAGGAGCUGUCUCUACGGAAAGCAGGCACCAGCCUCAAGCUCAAACCAUCCGCCGCGGUCUCCGCCUCCAAACAGGACGAACGGAAUACGGGUUCAGGCCACACCCCCAGCGAGGUGUCGCUCAUCGACUUUGAAGAGGAGUUUCCCCCGGCGACACCCUCCCCUUCCCCAGUGGUGGAGCUCCAGGUGCCCUCAUUGGCCAAGCUGGGCCUGGAGGCGGAGUCUAUUCUGGACCAGACUCCUCCUCAGAGCCCAUGGCGCUCGCUGCCCCGCCCCUUACACCCCACGCCAGUGGUGGACUGGGACGCCCGGCCCUUACCCCCACCUCCUGCGUACGAUGACGUGGCGCAGGACGAGGAGGACAUGGAAGUGAGCUCCAUCAACAGCCUGGAGCAGGAGCAGCAGCAGCAGGAUGGGAGGGGUGAGAAUCCCACGGAGGCCAUGCCGGCUGGGGAGGAGGGGAAACCCCUGGAGGACAACCUCUUCCUGCCCUCUCAGCAGGGCCAGGCCUACACAUCCUUCUCCCAAUCAGCAGAGAUCUUUCAGGUGCUCCAGCAGGAGUGCAUGAGGAGGCUCAAUGUGCCCACAGGAGGAGUUCCCCAGCCCCACUCUCCGUCACCGAGCUCAGGCCUCCAGUCCAUAGACGUACACCGCCAUAUCAUCCUGUCCUACUCCGAGGACAAGCCCCAGAUCCCUCCCCGCAUUCCCAUCCCGCCACGCCCCGUCAAACGGGGGGACUACGCCCGCUGGUCCGGCGAAUUCUCCCUGUCCCCGACUCCAGCUUCCGAGGAAGUCCAGGACCGGCCCCCUCAGAUCCCCCCGCGGAACCCCCUGUCCCAGCCAGGCUCGCGCACCACCAGUCCCAUGGGGCUCCAGGUAGGCUCCCCCCAGCAGAGGACAAUGGUUUGCCACAGUGCCCCUUCUCCGGCCACAUACGGAUCUUACCUCUCCACGUCCCCUGGGAAGCUUAUGCCCACCACACACAGCUUUGCCUCGGACCCCAAAUACGCCGCACCCAAGGUCAUCCAAGCACAAGCCCAGGGUAAGGACCUGGCCAAGGGGCCCUGCAUUCUGCCCAUUGUCCACGAAGGCCGCAAAGUCAGCAACACUCACUACUACCUUCUGCCUGAGAGGCCGCCUUACCUGGACCGCUUCGACCGCUUCUUCAGGGAAGCAGAAAACGUGACGACUCUUGGCAGGGGUGGGAUCUGUGAGGAGAGGCGGCAGGCCAACACGGCCACUGUCAGGCCCAUGGUGGUGAACCAGCAGCAACAGAAAAAGGGAGGAGAUAUCAAGGCCAACUUCUCCUCCAACAACAACAGCAGCCUGGGCUGCCGGCUGGGCAUGAAGGCCUCCUUCAGCCUGCCCAGGGUCAGCUCCGAGGGGUCAGCCAGCAGGGCAGUGGGUGGAACCACAGCAGACCAGGUCAAGAAGGUGCAGGAGGCGGUACAUGGUGUGACAAUAGAGGAGUGUCAGACAGCCCUCCGGAACCACGACUGGGACGUGCAGAAAGCUGUGCACUACCUCAAGGUUGAGCAGCUGUUCUGUCUUGGCCUGAAGACCAGGCUGGAGUGUCUCAAGGUGCUGGAGAUGUACAACUGGAACCUGGAAGUGGCCAGCACUCAGCUCCUGGACUCCUACGGCUCCGUCAAGCAAAGGCGGUGACCGAUGUCGCUAGGAGCAACAGCAACAGAGUCCGCUCAGAGCUUGUUUUAUUCGUCAUCUGUCUUUGAGGGGACGGAGUCUGCUCCCAUCCCUAUUUCACGACUUGCCAGACGCAUCCAAUAAGAAGACCGGGAUUUGAGUGUGGACUUGGGGUACAUUUGACUGAGUGAUGGGCCAUGGCUGCAGUCUUGCCUACACUGAGGACCUGGAGGCAAGCCUACACUGAGGACCUGGAGGAUAGUCUACACUGAGGACCUGGAGGCUAGCCUACACUGAGGACCUGGAGACUAGCCUACACUGAGGACCUGGAGACUAGCCUACACUGAGGACCUGGAGGCUAGCCUACACUGAGGACCUGGAGACUAGCCUACACUGAGGACCUGGAGGCUAGCCUACACUGAGGACCUGGAGGCAAGCCUACACUGAGGACCUGGAGGAUAGCCUACACUGAGGACCUGGAGACUAGCCUACACUGAGGACCUGGAGGCUAGCCUACACUGAGGACCUGGAGACUAGCCUACACUGAGGACCUGGAGGCUAGCCUACACUGAGGACCUGGAGGCUAGCCCACACUGAGGACCUGGAGACUAGCCUACACUGAGGACCUGGAGGCUAGCCUACACUGAGGACCUGGAGGCUAGCCUACACUGAGGACCUGGAGGCUAGCCUACACUGAGGACCUGGAGGCUAGCCUACACUGAGGACCUGGAGGCUAGCCCACACUGAGGACCAGGAGGCUAGCCUACACUGAGGACCUGGAGGCUAGCCUACACUGAGGACCUGGAGGCUAGCCCACACUGAGGACCUGGAGGCUAGCCUACACUGAGGACCUGGAGGCUAGCCUACACUGAGGACCUGGAGGCUAGCCCGCUCUACCACCGAAUAGGAAUGGAAGCCGACUUAGAAUGCAGGUAGUGGAACCAUACUCUUGAAGGGACCAUGGUGUCUGCUGGUCCCUACCCUAUAGCUCAACACUGAAGGAAAAACGUCCUCUUUUUCGUUGCUGGUCUCCCCGAUUUAGUUAUAUCACUGCCACAAUACACCUUUGACCAACUAGGCUGACCUCUGUGUGUUAUUACUGACAUAUGUAUCAGGGGAGAGUGGCGUCCCUUUGAAAACCAGCAGAAACUGUAGUCCCAUAGAAGAAGAGUAGCCAUCUCCUCUGCCAAGCUCUCCCCUACGGUAUGUGAGCUGUGUCAGGCUCCUCGGUUUGGAUAGGGGCUUGUUUUAGGGAGGUCAGCGUCUUUCUGCUGCGCCGCCCGCCCUCCCAGCCUCCCUAAGGUGCUCUACUGCGUUUUAGCAGAGGACAAAGUUCAGAAAAGCCCACCUGGAUGGAGAGAACGAACACAAAGGAGAAAGAAACAAAAUGCAGCUGGUCCACGUUUAAGUCGACUCCUUUUUUUAUGUUCUAUUCUACAGAGUUUUCUACUUGAUUUAUAUUAAGGAGAGGAAUUAACUGAGAUUUCUACUUCAUUUAUAUUAAGGAGAGGAAUUAACAGAGAUUUUUUUUAAUGCACACAUACAGUGAAUACAUGAAAAGUUCCGUUUAUAUAUUUGCAGCGAAUAUGUACUGGAAGUUGGUAUUUUUUGUUUUUAAUAUAUUUUGGUUUUGAACCCGGUGGUUUGAAAAGGGGGACAUAUUGAAAACGUUCAAUUCUUGAUAUUUUUGUAUAUUUUUUGGGGGGUCAGUUAUUCAAGCCAUGUAUGUUGUGCUCCCCUGAAUCAAGUUCACUUAUGGCUCUAAGUGCUAUCAAUCUGAUCCACUCCAAAUGUCCAUUAGGACUUUCGGUGUACUUUAUGACACCUGACCAUUCAUUGUGCUCUCACACCAUCAUCUACUCUAAGCACUUGCCCCCCCAAGUUCAUGAUGAUACCCCGAGUCUCUCCCUAAACUAUUAGGUGCUAAAACCCUCGGACAGCACCCAUAGGUAAUCCACAAUUUUGACGGGGAAGACUUGAUACCACUGGCUCUAGUUGAUUACUCACUCAUUCAUUCACUGGACAUUAGUCUCAGACAAUGAAGUGUAUAACUAGAGCAAACUGUAUAGAAAUAUGAGAUAGUUUCUGUUUUAUACGGUCUUAUCCUGAUGCACACAGUCUGCUGGUUUUCCGUGUGUUAUGAUUCGAAUUACGUUUUUUGGCGAACUGAACAUUAAUAUAACAUACACUGAAGAAAAAUAUAAACACAACAUGUAAAGUGUUGGUCCCAUGUUUCAUGAGCUGAAAUAAAAGA